AUGACGAUCGUAGGCUACCCCGAGUCCAUGUCAUUGUCUGGUUGGUUGCAAGACCCUUCGGCUGUCCAGAACUCAGCGUUCGUUAGCCCCGAGGUCCCUUCUGCGACGGGCAUGCACUCCUACGAUUCAGCGGCCGGCGUGAUUCCUCCCUCCGCCAUAGAUCCCCAUCAAUUCCAGCAGGCAGCACAUCAACGCGCCCAGCUCCAGAAUGGUACGUCUCGGACGUCAUCUCCCGGUUUCCCGCAACCGGCGUAUAACGUGAACGCCGUAGUACCUCUCAAGAGACCACGUCCGCGUGAAGAAUCUGCCACCUUAUCCCCGCGUCAGUCAACUGGCAAUCUCCCAACGUCGCGUUCCCACACGCCCAUGGCACAGAACCCCCAACAGCUCGCGUACCAGAUAUAUCAAAACAGCCAGAACGCGCAGCAGCAACAACAGCAGCAACGACAAUAUACACCUGUUGGAUAUCCUCAUUCACAUCUUCAGCAUGUUGGUUCUGCUACUGCAAGUCCGUCGCCUGUCAUGCAGAACCAGACGUUUAGUCAACAAAAUGUCUCUCAGGUUCCCCCACCGAAACGUGUUGCAACGCAGUCCCCAUCACCCUUUUCACCAGCGCCUUCUCAGCAGUCGUUCAUGGCGCAAAGCUCUCCUCCACCGCCUGGUCAUAUUUCACGCGUUAGCACUCCACAAAAUAACAUUAGCUUAGCCAUGCCUUCACAGCACGCCUACACCCAGAACUUCAGUCAGGGGUUCUCGCCGCCCCCUAGUACUGCAUCUUCGUCCCCUGCCCCCAUGCCCGCGCAACAUAUGCAACAACCGAUGCAAAAUCAGAUGCAAGCGCAAAUGAUGUAUCAGAUGCAAGCGAGGCAGCAGCAGCAAAGAAUGAUUCAACAGCAGCAGCAACAACAACACCAGCAGCAGCAACACCAGCAGCAGCAACACCAGCAGCAGCAACACCAGCAGCAGCAACACCAGCACCAGCAACAACAACACCAGCAGCAACAACAUCAACAACUUCAGCAACAGCAACUUCAGCAACAACAAGCGCAACGUAUGGGAACUACCGCGCCGCCGAAUUCGAACGUGAUGAUUCCCAAUCCCAUGAAUUCUCAGGUGUCGCGCCCUCCAGGCCAAGGCCAGGGGCAAGUAGCUUCUGGUUCUGGACAAAGGCAACAGACUGAUCCCAACCAAUUCAUGAAGAUUCUCUAUGAGUUUAUGCAAAAGCAGGGAACUCCGAUUACUGGCUUUCCGACUAUUGCGGGAAAGGCUGUGAGUCUGGUCAAUCUUUAUGGGAGUGUGUUGAAGAUGGGCGGAUCACGAAAGGUCUCCGCAGAAAACAAAUGGGCCCACGUUGCAAUGAGCCUAGGAUUUAGUGGCGACCAACACCCGUCACUAGCAGAAGAAAUGAUGAACAUAUACAGACAAUACCUGGGGUCUUAUGAGAUGGCUUGGCUGAAAAAUCAGCAGGAUAUGAAACGAGCGCAGAUGGCGAGGCAGAACCCGCAACAAGUGCCAGACAUGAGGCAGCAGCAGCAGCAGCAGCCUUCUAUGCAACAGUCCCAACCGGUGAAGCAGAUUUCAAAUACACAAAACGCUCAGCAACAGAUGCCACAACGACCUCAAGGAGUCCCGAAGCAAGCAACACCGGUGCCCAAUAACCAAACGCGGCCUAACAUGCAAAAUGGGUAUGCUGCUCAACCAGCAACGCCUGCAAGACCACAGGUUCAAUAUCAACAAAGUACACCAAGCCGAAUCCCGAUGGACAUGGCAUCCCCACACGGUCCCGUACCAUCUCCUAGUUUCUCGAUGCCGCCCACACCUUUACCACAGAAGGAAUCAGCCGCCUUUUCAGCCCCCCAACACCCUGUUACGCCUAUUAAGGAAAUUCCGGCCGACUUUAAACCAAAAGUGAGAGUUUUGGAUACCCAUGGAGGGUUACCCGCGGCUGUUUUGGGACAAAUUGGGGCGGAGAUUAUAUUUCAUAAGCCAACGAUACCUAUGUUUCAAGAGCUUGGAGUCAUCGAUAUUCAUGCUUUGACGAUGAUGCUCAAGUCGGGCUUGGCCGCUGAGGUCAGACAUGCAUUAGAUACACUGGCAACAGUUUCUGUGGAAUCGAGAUGGUCAAUAGCCCUAGAGAGCUGCGAGGAUUUGAUUGAGACAUUAGUGGAUGUGGCCGAGUCUCAGGUGGGAUUGCUUACGGAGCACUCGGAAGAAAGCUCUGAAAGCAUUGCUGUACCCGCCUACGAAGAAGUGAUGAGAGCUUGCAAAGCAGAGGUAGAUAGGCUUGUCGACAUCCCACAAUUUGGAUCCAUCGAAUACGAACUAGAAAAAGCAGCCGAUAAGUUAAUUUGCAUCACCACAAUAUUCCGCAACCUGUCGUUCUUUGAAUCCAAUCAUAAGGCGUUGGCGGAUCCCAAUGUGGUUAGAUUUUUGUCAGUCGUGAUCGAAAGACUUGGCACUAGCAGGCUACUGCUCCGCACAUAUACCAACACCUUGGAUUUUAUGAAAGAUAUCAUUAUCUAUCUGUCCAAUCUCUCUCAUUCAAUUACACUACCUAGUGAGGACGAGGCACUUAAUUUGUUGCACCUAAUACUGGCAUUUGCUCCUCAACCUCUCCCAGCAGUUACUGGGCGAGAAAAUCUGAUGUUCACAUCAUAUUCCCCUUCAAUUCAUCGUUAUCUUCCGCCCGCAGUUGAUAGUUUGGCGAAGUUGCUAGCACGGGAUGAACCAAAUCGUGCAUUUUAUCGAACGAUAUUCCUUUCAGAAUCAUCGACGACACCCCCGUAUGAUCUUCUUACGCGCUCCUUUGCUCUCGCUAUAUCGCCAAUUCCAGACAAUACAAAGGUAACGCUGCCUCAGGUUGUGGAAGCGCGAAAACCUUUCUUGGAACAGGGCAUGCUCGCUGCAGAGAUUCUUGCUGGAAUUGCUCCUGGCCCCGAUCAAGGAAUUGCACGGUCGUGGCUCUCAUCUGAGGAUGGGUUUGCCCUCAGUUUGUUGCGAUUGGUUUGUUUAUUGAGUCCCCAAGUUGGGCCAAUGCAUCCCCGACAAGGCGGUAAGAUGCCAAGUCCGGAUGAUUCACAACCAUUCGCACGGAUCACACACCGGGGAAUGGCAGUUUUACAAAGGUUGGCAGAAAAAUCAGAGCUUGGAAAGGAUGAGGCGUCGAGAGUUCCACUGGGGGUAUUGCCGAAGAAGGAGAGUCUUUUAGGAGCGUUGUUGACAGUUCAGAUAGACGGUGCUAUUGUUAAGCAGCUUUGUACUUAUGCAGGGCUGAAUGAUUGA